GCCGGCGGCGCGGGCGGCAGUUGGGAUUUUUUUUCCCAGGGGCCUCCGGGGCGCGAGUUCUUUGUGGAAUCCGCACACACAUUCCAGCGGCUUGGAUGCCCCUCCCUUUGUACGUGCGCGCGGUUGAUGGACAGCCAGCGUCGCCAUGGCAACGCGCGGUUUGAUGGACAGCCAGUGUCGCCCUGGCAACGCGGGGCCCUCUGCUGAGCACUGACCUGGAUUCCGGGCGGCGGCCGAGGGAGGCUGGGCCUUCCUGGCAUUGUGCGGCCGUCGGCGGAAGAGGUGGGGGUGGGUGUUCGGGCUGGGCUCUCAGGGGGCUCUCAGGGCCGGCCUGGGCUCUAGGGGCCAGCCUGGGCUCUAAGGGCCAUCCUGGGCUCUCGGGGAUAGCCUGGGCUCUGUGGGCUAGCCUGGGCUCUGAGGGCUAGCCUGGGCUCUAAGGGAGCUUUGUGGGCUAGCCUGGGCUCUGAGGGCUAGCCUGGGCUCUGUGGGCUAUCCUGGGCUCUAAGGGGGGCUCUAAAGGCUAGCCUGGGCUCUAGGAGCCAUCCUGGGCUCUGUGGGUAGCCUGGGCUCUAAGGCGGCUCUAAGGGCCAUCCAGAGCUCUGUGGGCUAUCCUUGGCUCUCAGGCUAGCCUGGGCUCUAAGGGGGGCUCUCGGGGCUAGCCUGGGCUCUGGGGGCCAGCCUGGGCUCUCAGGGCCGCCCGGCCCCCCUCUCCCGCCCGCAGGUCGCCGCCGGGCCGCCCCGGCCGCCGGCCUGACCGCGAUGGACGCGCCGGAGCCGCCCCGCCCCGCGUGCGCCCCCCCGGACGUGGCCGCCGCGUGCCCCGCCCCCCCGGACAUGGCCGCCGCGUGCCCCGCCCCCUCCCCGGGCUGUGUCCUGUGCCAGUUCUGCGAGCUGGACCCGGCCCGCGAGGCGGCCAAGACGUGCGUGACGUGCGCCGUGUCCUACUGCGCGCCCUGCCUCCGCGCCACGCACCCCAACAAGUGGCCGUUCACCGGCCACCGGCUCGCCGAGCCCAUGCCGGACGCGCACCUGCGCGGGCUGCAGUGCCCGGAGCACGAGGACGAGAGGGUCAGCCUGUACUGCGCGGCCGACGACCAGCUCAUCUGCGCGCUCUGCAAGCUCGUCGGCCGGCACCGCGACCACCAGGUGGCGGCGCUGAGCGAGCGCUACGACAAGUGGAAGCAAACCUUGGAGACCAACCUCGCCCACCUGGUCAAGCGGAACUCGGAGCUGGAGGCGCAGCUGGGCAAGCUGAUGCAGACCUGCCAGCUCGUGGAGGUCCACGCCGCGCGGCAGGAGGCCCGGCUGGGCGAGGAGUGCGACCUCCUGGUGGCCGUCGUCCAGCAGCGGCGCGAGGCCAUCGGCGCCAAGAUCCGGGAGGGCAAGGCCGUGCGGCUGCGUAAGCUGGCCCAGCAGAUCGCCAGCUGCAAGCAGUGCGUGGAGCGCUCGGCUGCCCUCAUCGCCCAGGCCGAGCUGUCACUCAAGGAGGCCGACCACGCCCGCUUCCUGCAGACGGCCAAGAGCAUCACCGAGAGGGUCUCCAUGGCGACCGCCUCCUCGCAGGUCCUGCUCCCCGAGAUCAACGUCAGCGACGCCUUCGACAGCUUCGCCCUGGACUUCUCCCGGGAGAAGAAGCUGCUGGAAUCUCUCGACUACCUCACAGCGCCCGGGCCGCCCGCCCUCCGCGAGGAGCUGUGCACGGCCUCCCACGACACCAUCACCGUGCACUGGGCCUCGGACGACGAGUUCAGCGUGGGCUCCUACGAGCUGCGGUACUCGGUGCUCACCGGCCCGGCCAACGUCGCCAGUCUGUGCAGCUCGGCCGACAGCUGGAUGAUCGUGCCCAACAUCCGGCAGAACCACUACACGGUGCACGGGCUGCAGAGCGGCACCCGCUACGUCUUCCUGGUCAGGGCCAUCAACCAGGCCGGCAGCCGGAGCAGCGAGCCCGGGCGGCUCAAGACCAACAGUCAGCCGUUCAAACUGGACCCCAAGUCGGCGCACCGCAAGCUGAAGGUCUCGCACGACAACCUGACGGUGGAGCGGGACGAGGCCUCGUCCAAGAAGAGCCACGCCCCCGAGCGCUUCUCCGGCCAGGGCAGCUACGGCGUCGCCGGGAACGUGUUCAUCGACAGCGGCCGGCACUACUGGGAGGUGGUGCUCGGCGGGAGCACGUGGUUCGCCGUCGGCCUCGCCUACAAGUCUGCGCCCCGGCACGAGUGGAUCGGCAAGAACGCCGUGUCCUGGGCCCUGUGCCGCUGCCACAACGCCUGGGUGGCUCGGCACGACGGCAAGGAGGUGGCGCUGGAGCCGGCGCCGCACCCGCGCCGCGUGGGCGUCCUGCUGGACUACGACGGCGGCUGCCUGGCCUUCUAUGACGCCCUGAGCGCCCUGCGCCUGCACGCCUUUGACGCUGCCUUCGCCCAGCCCGUGUGCCCCACCUUCGCCGUCUGGAACAAGUGCCUGACGGUCAUCACCGGGCUGCCCGUCCCCGACCACUUGGACGGCACGGAGCCGCUGCCCUGAGCGCCGCCGGGCUGCAGGGCGGGGCCAUGUUGUCCGAGAUGGCCGAGGUCGGGUCCAAGGUGGUGGCCAUAUUGUUCCUGGAGGAAUCAAAAUGGCGGACAUCUGUCCAAGGUGGUGGCCAUGUUGUCCUGUAGGAAUCAAAAUGGUGGAAUAGAAAUCAAGAUGGCAGCCAUCAGGGCCAAGGUGGUGGCCAUACUGUCCCUGGAGAGAUCAAAAUGGUGGACAUGUGGUCAAGGGAGGUGGCCAUGUUGUCCCAGUAGAAAUCAAAAUGGUGAAAUAGAAAUUAAGAUGUUGGACAUCUGGUCCAAGCUGCCAGCCAUAUUGUCCCCAGAGAGAUCAAAAUGGCAGAAUAGAAAUCAAAAUGGCGGACAUCUAGAUGGUCACAGGCAGUGGCCAUAUUGCCCCGUAGAAAUCAAAAUGGCGGUACUUACCCACAGACUGCCCACUUCCUGCGGAACUGAACUCAUGCCCUCCAGGGGGCGUGGAAGACACUGUUGGAUUGCUGUGGCUUUGUUUCCGAAUAAAAUAAUUUUUUUAGCAAAAAAAAAAAAAAAAAACCUCUAACAUUAGCUUAUUUUGUACUUAAUUUUCUUCAUAAUAUAAUUAAUUUUUAAUAUUAUAUCAAUAAAUAUAGUCUAAAAAUUAAAACAAUAUUGUGAGUUGCAUAAUGAAAAUGACAGCUCCACCUUUUUUCACUUCUGAUUUCCACUCCUAAUAUGUAAGAAGUUCAUUUUUUUUUAUUUAAAAAGAUUUAUUUAUUUAUUUGAAUAUCAGAGUUACGUAGAGAGAGAAGGAGAGAGAGAGGUCUUGCGUCUGCUGGCUCACUCCUCAGUUAGCUGCAACUGGCCGGAGCUGUGCUGACCUGAAGCCAGGAGCCAGGAGCUUCCUCCAGGUCUCCCACGCAGGUGCAGGGGCCCAAGGAUUGGGCGUCUUCUACUGCUUUCCCAGGCCAUAGCAGAGAGCUGGAUCGAAAGUGGAGCAGCCAAGUCUCGAACCAGCACCCAUAUGGGAUGCUGGCGCUUCAGGCCAGGGCUUUAACCGGCUGUGCCACAGCGCCAGCCCCAAAAAGUUCAUUCUUUAGGUUGUUUCUUCUGUUAUUUAUUUCCAUCUUUCUAGACAAACAUUAUACUGCUAUUUCUUGAUUUUUCAAUUCUAGACACUUGAUUUAUUUAGUAGAAAAUGGGAAUUUGGUUCACUUAAUACCUGUUGCCCCUGGACAAUUAAAAGCUUAUAUAUAUACAUUUUGGUAGAUCACAUUUUGGUAGAUCAAUAUUCAAGAUUUACAUUACUAUUAAUAGAUUAAUUGACUUCACAACUGGACCAAUUAGUGUCAUCAUAUUAUGUUUCUUACCUAGCUUUUCUUUUUAAGUGGACUUAAUGAUUAUAUUUUUUGUUGUCUGUUUAGUUUUCCGUGUCCUGUCACUAAUUCACAUCCAAACACUCUGCCAAAUUGGUAAUAUUCUUUUUAUUAUAACAAAUGUAUAACAAAAUCUGUGUAUUAUUUUUUCCUUUUUCUGGGCAUAUCUCUCCUGGAGCCUUCACCUGUCUUGCUGUUAUCUCCACUAGUGGUUCACCAGUCUCCUAAACAUCUGUUUACUUGGAUUUCUAUUUAUUGUUUUUCUAAAAACCCCCUUUACCUUUUCCUAUUUGAAUCUUGCCCAUUCAAUUCUAAAUUUGUGCACAUCAAUUUUUGUUUAUUCUCAUUUUGUAUGGUUAAUAUCCUUUGGCAACUUUCUAAGAAAGGGUGCAGGGAAAUUAAUGUUUUGACACUCCAUAGAAAUGAAAAUCUCAUACCUUCUUUAUUGGUUGAUAGCUUAUGUGGGUACUGAAGUGUAGGUUGCAAUUUAAAUUUUUCUACAUAUUGGGAAAGCAUUUUUCAUUAUAUUCUGCAUGUUAUCUUUGCUUUUGGUAAAUUCAGUACUACCCUGAUUUCAAAUAGUUUGUAUGUGACUCCCUCAGCCCCAUUUCAAAGCAGUGCUGAGGAUACCUUUACAGUGCUAUGAAAAUCCAUAUGGAUGAACUGCAAUGUGUGCUUAUAUCUUUGGCUCCUGGAAUUUUUAAUAUAAUACUCCUUUGAUGAUCUUUAUACUUCCAUCGUGUACACACUGUCCCUGUCUUCAGUUUCUGGAUCUUCUGAUGAUUCCUUAUUGUAAUCUUAUUUUACAGGAGAUCAGACAUCUAAUCUUGGAUGCUUUUCCAAUUUUCCUGUUUUCUCUCUCCUAUUUUACACUUCAACAAUCUUUUUGUUUUAUUUUCUAGAUUUUCCUUAACUUUCUCUUCCACUCUAUAUAGACUUUUAUGUAGAUUUCUGCUGUUUGAAUCUCCAAGAUAUUUCUUGUUCUUUCAAUGUUCCUUAUGACACUGUGUUUUUGUUUUAUGUCUAUAAGUGUGACUAUAUUUAUGACUAUAAAGUCUUAGCUAGUUAAAUAAAUUAAUCUUAGGUUUUCAAAGUUGUUAUUUUCUGCUCACCAACAAUAUUUAUAUUUCCUCUUAGCCCUUCCCUCUCCUCCCCUCUCCUCCCCUAUUUUCCCCUCCUCUCCCCUCCCUUUUCAUCUAGUCUCUUCUCUCCUCUCUUCUCUCUCUCUGUCUCUCCUCCCUCUUUCAACAAUAAUAUAUCACUGAUUAUAGGCACAUGUUAUACAGCAAAUCUCUAGAAUUUGAUCAUUGGGUAUAACUGAAGCUUUAUACCCCUUGAAUGUCAACUUUCCAUUUCUCCCUCCCCCAAGUGUAGGCAAUUACCAUUUUACUCUCUGCUUCCAUGAAAUUGACUGUUUUUUUUCAACUUUUAUUUAAUAAAUAUAAAUUUCCAAAGUACAACUUUUGAAUUAUAGCAGCUUUCCCCCCCACAACUGCCCUCCCACCCGCAACCAUCCCAUCUCUCACUCCCUCUCCCAUCCCGUUCUUCAUCAAGAUUCAUUUUUUUUAAUCAAGAUUUAUUUUCAAUAAUACUACAUGUAAGUGGAAACAUAUAAUACUCAUCUUUCUGUGAAUGGCUUAUUUCACUUAGUAUAAUAUCCUCAUGGUCAUACAUAUUGUUACAUAUGAUGGAAUUUCUUCCUUUUAAUGACCACAUUAAAUUUCAUUAUACAUAUAUCACAUUUUAUUUAUCCGUUCAUCAAUUGAUGGACAUUCAGUUUGCUUCUACCUCUUGGCUAAGGUGAAUAAUGCUACAAUGGGACAUGGGAGUGCAAAUACUCCUUCUAGAUUCUAAUUUCAAUUAUUUUGAGUUAAAGUAGGAUUACAAGUAGUUCUAUUUUUUUGCAAGGUGUCCAGUGUGUAACAAACCUUCCCAGCCAGAUUAAUCAAUUAAUUUAUAAGCUUUUAUUGGGAUUCUGCUCCCAGGCGAGGUUCACCAGUCCCAACAGAGCAGGGGUGGGGGUUGGAAGGAGUUGCACGUCAGAGGUUGGGAAGGCUCCUUUUGUAGAUACAGGGCAUGGAGGUUAAAAGUUGAGGCGUGUCUGAUCCCCACUGGUUGACUUUUAGGUACCCGUGGGGACCUUGGCAAGGACUUUUCAUUCCCAGAAGUGCAGGUAGGGACUCUCCAUUCCCGGAAGUGUGGGCCUUCUCUCCUGUGGAUCCCAAAGCUACCAUUUUGAAUUUUGAAUUUUUUGAGGAACCACCAUAUUGUUUUCUCCUGUGACUACCAUUUUGCAUUCCCACCAAGACUAUACAAGAGUUCCUAUUUCUCUACAUGCUUGCCAUCCCUUACCAUUCUUAAAAUGAUGUUUAUAUAAUAUAGCCAUCCUAAUAAGUGUGAGGCAAUAUCUGCUUGUGGUUUAGGUUUGAAUUUCCCUGAUGAUUAGUCAUAUAAGCAUCUAUUUAAAUACUUGGGUGUUCAUACAUCUUCUUUGGAGAAGUAUCUAUUAAAGUCCUUAUCCUGUUUUUAGUGGAGUUAUUUUGUAGUUUCAAUAUUUGCUAUUCAAUUGUAGGAGUUCUUUAUAUAUAUUAUAAAUAUUAUCUGAUAAGUGUUUGCAAAUAUUGUCUCCUGUAAGUUCUUUUUUUCUUCUUUUCUUUUUUCUUUUUAAGAUUUAUUUGUUUGUUUAAAAGUCAGAGUUACAGAGACAGACAGACAGACAGAGGUCUUCUAGCCACUGGUUCAUUACCCAAAUGACUGCACCAACCUGGGCUGGGCCAAGCUGAAGCCAGGAACCAGGAACCAGGAACUUCUUUAAAGUCUCUCACAUGGGUGCAGAAGCCCAAGCACUUGAACCAUCCUGUGCUGCUUUCCUGGGCCAUUGGCAGGCAGCUAGAUUGGAAACAGAGUAGCCAGGACUUAAACUGGCACCCAUAUGGUGCAACAGACUGCAGCUUUACUCACUGUGCCACAGCACUGGCUCUUCCUCUCUCUCUCUCUCUCUCUCUCUCUCUCUCUGUCUCUUUCUCUCUCUCUUUCUCUUUUCUUUCUUUAUGGAUAUGCUCAUUCUUAAAAAUGAUGAUACUUGCCAGUCAACUCAUAAUAAAAUCUGAGGCAUAUUAUUAAAUUCAACUUAGGUUGGAUGGAGGUGCAAGGAUGACUAUCUGAGUUCUGGUAUUACAUUGGAGAAAGUUGCCGUACAUUGUACUGUUCAGCCUGCAAGUUUUUUUUUGUUUGUUUGUUUGUUUGUUUUUGACAGGCAGAGUGGAUAGUGAGAGAGAGAGACAGAAAGGUCUUCCUUUUACCGUUGGUUCACCCUCCAAUGGCCUCCACAGCUGGCGCGCUGCGGCCGGCGCACUGCGCUGAUCCGAAGGCAGGAGCCAGGUGCUUCUCCUGGUCUCCCAUGGGGUGCAGGGCCCUAGCACUUGGGCCAUCCUCCACUGCACUCCCUGGCCACAGCAGAGAGCUGGCCUGGAAGAGGGGUAACUGGGACAGAAUCCGGCGCCCCGACCAGGACUAGAACCUGGUGUGCCUGUGCCGCUAGGUGGAGGAUUAGCAUAUUGAGCCACGGCACCACCGGCCUAGCCUGCAAGUUUUUACAUAGUUCUUUUAUGAUUCAGUAUAGCACCAUCCCAUAUUUUCAAGUAGGUGUUAUGCCUCUAGAUGCAUAGGAAUUCUAGUUUAAGAUCUCUUGAGACUGUAAUGUAUAAAGAGAAAAGAAAGAUAAAAGGAGAGAACAGUCAAUAAACUAUGCCAGAAAUUUUUAUUUGUAAGAAGGGUAAGGCAAGCACCAGCAACAACUAACAACACAGAACUGAGAAAGCUAAGACCUAAGCUUGUAGAAAGAAAGAAGAAAAAAAAAUCAAACCAAUUCAUGCCUCAGAUUCUCAGAACAAGUUCAGAACUGUAGGAUUAUCUGGGAGAUAUAGAUCUAAAAGGCUGAAAAAAAAAAAAAAAGAAAAGUGAUCAUGCUUAUAUAAGGAGCUUAUACUUACAACUUCUCUAUUCAUCUUCAAUAGAUAGUUGGCAGCCCUUCUCUCACUUUGCAAAACAAGCAGGAUUUCCUCUCUUGAGAGCUUAAACUAGAAUCUCUAUGCAUUUGGGGGGGCCCCAGCCCUACCUGAAAGUAGAGGAAAGGUUCUAUAUACUUCCUAGAAGUUUAGAAUGGUUCAAGGAAGAAGUGUUAGCCCACCAAACAAUCUACAGUUAUUUAAUUUAUAAUUAUGAUGUAAUAGAAAUAAACCAAACUUGCAGUGAGAAGACCUGAAUGCAACUGAGUUAAUUAAUCUGUUGAGAUAGCUUAUUUUCUUAUCCAUAAAUGGAAACUUCUUCACAUCUGUGAGGCACAAAAUCCCAAACUCAGGGAGUUUCUGUGAACCUUUGUUAGGGUAGGUGUUGGGUUAGUCCUAUUCAACCGUGUACUCCGGUGCCAAGUGCGUGAUGCAUACUAGACAUACAUUAUUGUUGUGAAAUCACUUUUUGAAGUAUAAAAUACUUAACACAUGUAAGACAUUGCUAAGAGAUAUUAUGGGAAGGAAGUAAUAAAAACGCUUAUCCUUAGUCAAUCUUGAGUGCUUACUAUAUGAUCAACACUGAUUGAAACAUGUUAUAAAAUGAAUGAUCUCAUUUCUUUCUUGUAAAAACAUUCUGAGAUAAGAACUAGUACUAUUCCUAGUUUGUAUAUGGGAAAAAAAAUUCACUAGUGGUUAAGGACUUUGCCAAGAUCUGAGCGAAGAGUAGCCCAAGGGUAUGAAGGUGGGUAGUCUGGCUAUGAAGCUUGCUAGACUGGCUUUAGCCAUCAGAUUUGUUAAGUACUGCCCUGCACAUUCUGUUGACAGAAGUUGAAAUCAUUGGAAUGAAUAUUUGAAAGUGGUGCUUUAUAGACAGACCAAAAGAAGUAACCGGAACAUAAGCAGCAAGCAGCAUAUCAAAAAUGCAAUGUGUCUCAAUUAUUUAAGUGUGUAUUGUCACUGACAUACCCAGUGAAUAAGAUCACAUUCAUUCCCAGGUUCCUACUAUAGUUUCCUAAUGUGAACCUGCCUCGCUGGACGCAAAAAGACAACAUAUAAGCCAACCUAAAGUACAGGAAAAAUUAAAGACAUUUAGGUCCUUGAUGAUUGGAGAGUUAGAGAUCUGAAAAGUGCCAGUACCUCUUAGUUUAUUGGUCCAUAUACUGACACCAAUUUUCAGGAUAAUUUUCAUCAAUCUGCUAAGCAUUUCUAUUUGAAGCUUCUUAAUUUCUAAAAUCUAAAACUUGCUUGGCAGUCAAACUGAAUAUAUCCUAACUCAAUGUGAUAAGUAUGAUUUUCAUUUCAUAUCAGUUCUAAAAGAAUUGAUUAAAAUAGCUUAAAAUUACAUAGAUUCAUUCUCUGUCUACAUGUACUUAUGAUGUGCUUAUGGAAUUUGUAAAAGGUUGAGUGGAAGUUUUCUUAGCCCACAGUAUGACCUGAAUUAAGAUAAGUAAUCUAGAUCAGUGUCUCUCUUGAGCCUCAGCCUAGACAUUAGGAUUUUUCAAGCUUCCUGGUAUUUUUCAUGUGCAGCCGAAGUUAUAAAUGACUCAUCUAAAUCAUCCUUUUACCCUCAUAAUAGCAUGAUUAGUGACUAUAUAUAUCCACAGUAACAUUAUCAUGAUAUAUGUUACACUCUGUUGUGUGGUAUCAUUAUUAUAAUGUGUCAAAUUAUAAAUCCAUUGCCCUUAUGUGGACAUAAAAGCCACAUGUUUUCAUCUCUACUUAACGUGUAAGUAAAGCAGAAUUCUGAGAAAUUAGGUAACUUGCUUGGACUCAUUUGGCUGGGAAGUGGCAGAGCUGGGAGUUCAGGUGGAGUGGGUGGAUUAGUUGAAACAAGGGCAGCUUGAUUCCUUGACUGAUGCUCUUACAAAAUCCUUACACCAUAAUGUUUCCAUGUUUUCAAGAUCUCUAAUGAAAAUUAACUUUCUUUUUUAAAUAUUGAGAGGCAGAGACACAAAGAGACCUCCCAUCCACUGGUUCACUCCCUAAAUGUCCACAAUCACCGGGACUGGGCUAGAAUGAAGUCAGAAUCUGGGAACUCAAUACAAGUCUCCUAUAUGGAUGGCAGAGACCCAGCCACUUGAGCCAUCAUCUGCUGCUUCCCAGGGUCUGAACUGGCAGGAAGUUGAAACCUGGAGACAAAGUUAGGAAUCAAAUCGAGUCACUCGUAUAUGGGAUAUGGGUCUCUUGAUUGUUAAACCACUUUCUCCUCCAUCCCUGAAAUUUUAAAUUUUAAAGGCUAUAAGAGAAGAAGAAUUCCCAACCCAAAAGACAGUUUUCUCUUUUUGAUCCACAUCCUUCUAUACCCUGCCUCAUGGCACCUCAGAUCUGUUGCUCUGGGAUUAACCACUUGUCCUGCACACCCAAGCCAUCUUGAACCUUGGACAUUUUUUCUGGAAAUUUCUACCUAGUGAUCUCUCUUUGAAUACUGAAAAGACAACAAAUAUAUCAGUGUUCUUGAUCCUGGCCCUACCUCGUCAUCCUCUAUUCAUCAUCAACACAUUUAGUAAAAUUAAGCCAUCUGGCUUUCCUGUGGCUUCUUAAAGUCUUGUGCUCUUGUGUUUUGGGUGAGGAUAAGAAGGAUUACAACACACCACUCAGUAAAAAUGAUGGCAGGAAAUAUGAGGACACAUCUGAAAGUGUUGUUUAGCAGGUAUCGGGGGCUGAAUUCUAUUCCUCAGAAAAAAAAAUAAAAAAUAGGAGUGAAAUCCUAACUUCAGAGCCUCAGAACAUGAUCUUGUUUGGAAGCAGGAUUUUUAAAAAGACAAGUCAAGUUCAACAGAGAUCAUUAAUGUAGGCCUUAAUCCAAUGUGACUGAUAGCCUUACAAAAUGGAGAAACUGGACAGAGAGACAGAUACUCAUAGAAGGCAGACUGCAAACAGACAGGGAGGAGAUGGCCGUUGACAAGCUGAGGAGAGAGGCCUGGAACACAUCCUUCCCUCACAGCCCUCUGGAGGAAGCAACCCUGCUGACCCCUUGAUUUUGGACUUCUGGCCUCCAGAACUGCGAGACAGUACAUUUCUGUUGUUUGAAAUCUGUGGUCCUUUGUUCUGGCAGCACUAGGUAGCUGACCCAGCAGGUGAGGUGAAGGGAAAUCAGGCUCCAGGAGAGCAGCCAGAUAGAGCUGACGUGUGCUCUGCUUAGGAAACAUUAAAGCAGGGAUUUGGAGUCUCCAGGGAGCCACACACAGAGCUCUCUGAGCUCUGGAAUUCUCUCCUGGGAUCACUGAAGGAAAAGGUUUCUUGUCUGAGCUGCCAGCAUCUGGUUCUAUACCCACCUUGUCAGGGCGGGGGGCGGGGUAGGCAUUUACUGUCUCUGUUGCCAUGCCAACCAAGGAGGUUGGCAAAUUCAAGUGCUCUCUCUUUCACAAAAAGAUCACCAUGCCUUAGACUCUCAGGCACUUGCUUUGAGUAAGCCUGCCUCCUAGAACUUCCAUUCUAAGCUGAGUAAAUUAUAAUUUUCCUUGUUGCUGAUUUCAAGGUUAUAGUCUAUUUCUUAUUUAUUUAUUUAUUUAUUUAUUGGCAGGCAGAGUAGACAGAGAGAGACAGAGAGAAAGGUCCUCCUUUUGCCGUUGGUUCACCCUCCAAUGGCCGCCGCGGCCGGCACGCUGUGGCCGGCGCAUCGCGCCGAUCCGAAGCCAGGAGCCAGGUGCUUUUCCUGGUCUCCCAUGUGGGUGCAGGGCUCAAGGACCUGGGCCAUCCUCCACUGCCCUCCCGGGCCAUAGCAGAGAGCUGGACUGGAAGAGGGGCAACCGGGACAGAAUCCGGCGUCCUGACCGAGACUAGAACCCGGUGUGCCAGCGCCGCAAGGUGGAGGAUUAGCCUAGUGAGCCACGGCGCCGGCCCAUAUAGUCUAUUUCUAUCAGCAGGAACACCUCCACACUACUUGAAACGUUUGUCACAGGGCAUCGGAAGGAAGUUCAGAAACUGAUGUGCUUUGGUUCUUUGCAAGACACAGACAGGUGAUACCUUCUUGGGCUCUGAGCUAGUAAAUGCACUCCUCUCACUACCCAACCCCACACCCCUUACAAUCACAUACACUACUCUGAUUUUCCCUUUCCCCUUUCACCCUCUGCAUCAUCUGCUACCCCAUCACUUUUUUUUUUUUUUUUUUCUGGUAGGAGCUCAGGAGCCUGGCUGCAGACUCUUUCAUCAUCAGGGAUUUCAUCAGUGAUGAAAUCAUCACUUAUUAGCCUCUAGCUCCUAAUUGGAAGGAACAGAUCAUGUAUCCUCUUUGUCCUUGUGUCUGUAAAGCAGAGAAACUAGCAAUGGUGUAAACCAUCUUUUUCGGGGUCCUGAUUGAGGCUUUCCAUGGGGCUGCUCAGCAGCCAGAUGUGUGGCUUCAAGGAGAUGGAGGAUUGUUUACAUUGUGAUGAAAUUCACACACUUCAUGCUAGUAGCAAAGGUCGAACUUAGAAAACUCUUGAAGAGGAUGCAUUUCAAAUAUUUUUGACUGGAAACAGACUAAUGGAAUGCAGACAGGUAGACAGGUGAAUGUUAGCAACUAGUGUCACCAUAGCAACCAGAGAAUCAUAGUUGAUGGUGGUGACUUACUCUCUACUUCCUCCAUCUCCCAGAAAUUACAAGCACUGUGCUAUGAUUGAGUGGAGAGCAAAAGUAACUUUAUAUUUAUGAAUAUAAGAGAGAUCAUCUUCCCCCAAUCAUUUCUACUCAGCUAUUGUUGGCAGGAUGGACAAAGUUACGGAAAUACUCCCAGGAAGGCAACAUGGUGAAGACAAAGCUUAACAAGU